AUGCCGAGACUACUCCGUUACAUACGCCGUCUCACAAUCCCCAGCACCACUCGCAAUGCCAAAGCGGGACGCCAGACACCGAGGACGAGAGAGAAUUCGAAGACUGUAUCUCUCUUUUGGGACAUGGAAAACUGUGGUCUUCGACUCCGUUCAAAAGAUGGGUUCACCAUCGAAGAGCUUUGCCGGUUUGCGGAGGGCUUUGGCUGUUUGAAGACCCUCAAUGCGUACUUGGACAAGAGUCAUCAUGCGACGUCCUCGUCACUGUCCGCGUUCCGCUCGCAGGGCUUUAAUAUUAUCGACUGCCCGCAUAAUGGUGAGAAGAACGUCGUGGAUAGGCGGAUGAUAGACGACAUGAUGGCUUGGGCUGCUCGUAACCCUGCGCCUGUCACCAUGGUGCUGAUCACAGGGGACAAGGACUACGUUAAGGCAGCAUCAACUCUAUCAACCCGAGGAUACAUCAUCAUUAUCAUCGCGCCACCCAAGGCGCACGCCUGUCUGAAAGCUGCUCAGCCAGCGAAACUGCUGUCGUGGCGCAGGAGCUUCGCCGAGUAG